AUGAGAGGAAAGAACCUAACCCCAAAUCAUGACUUCCACUUCACUACUGAUCUGGCAUUUACAGACGAGAUCCGAUCGGAACCUCUGCAGAAGGGAUUCAAGAUGCCGACCAUAGAGCAAUACGAGGGCAUGACGGAUCCAGAAGAUCACUUGGAAACCUUUAAGGCCUUGAUGUUCUUUCAAGACGCCUCGGACGCCAUAAUGUGUAGAGCGUUCCCCUCUACCUUGAAGGGAGUGACGAGACAAUGGUUCUCAUUCCUCGAGCCACACUCCCUGGCCAACUUUGUGGACCUAGGGCGGGCCUUUCUGGCCCACUUCAUGAGUAGCAGGGUCCAUAAAAAGAUAGCCGCUAAUAUUUUAGCUAUAAAGCAACGCACCAAUGAGUCAAUCAGGGACUUUCUCAUAAGGUUCAACAAGGAGGCCCUGGAGGUGCGAAACUUAGAUCAGAUCGUGAAGUUUCAGGCUUUGCGUAGCGGCAUCCGGGAUGUCGAGUUGAAGAAAUCCCUAAUCAUGGAUGAGCAGGGGGAUAUGUAUGAACUUUUCUCACGCUGUGAGAAAUAUAUUAAUCUAGCUGAAGUUCUGGCGCCCGAGCAAGAAAAAGAAGGUAAACCCGAGAAGAAGAGUCAGGAAAAGAAAGACGUCCAGGUCGGGGAGAGCGGUUCAAAGCUCGACAGAGAACAGAAAGAGGGAAAGAGGAAGAGAGAUGAUAAGAAGGCAUGGGUUGCCAAGAGCAAUGCGGGCACAGAACCAGUUUACAUGACUCUCACACACAAUCGAGCAUAUAUCUUGAAUGAGACAAAGGACCAGGUGACCUUGCGUUGGCCUGCUAAGAUGGUAAAACCUGCACACGAGCGCAAUAAGAACAAAUAUUGCCAAUUUCAUCAAGACCAUGGUCACAACAUCGAGGACUGUAGGAAAUUAAAGGAUAAGAUUGAAGCCCUCAUCCAGAGAGACCGUCUAAGCCAAUUUGUCAAGAAAGAUGGCAAUGAGAGGAGACAGAACUAUCGUGCCCAGGAGCCCAAGGCGAAGCCCAGAUCACCUAUUCGGUUGGACAGGGAAGAUCGAGCAAGAGGGAAACAAUAUAUCGAGAAUGCCCCAUGA